GCCCCUGCUCUCAGCAUGGCACGGCACAGCCACUGCUCUGCUUCUGACCUCCCUUCAUCCCCUUGUCUUACGAAAUCACACCAGCUCCCGUGGCUUUUAUCAACUGCAUUUUUGCAGCUGGCUUUUUUUAUUUCUUUCUUUUCUUUUUCUUUUUUCUUUUUUUUUAAUCUAAGUAAGCCUCACUUCUCCUAUAAAAGGAGCAUCGUGCUGCUCGGACUGUCAGAACGUGUUGUCCCAAACAUCGCGAAUGAUCUCCUUCCACCAGGAGUCUGCAAUCUCCUCAACCCAGCAGCUAUCUAUGCCAACAACGAGAUCAGCCUGGGAGAUGUUGAGAUAUAUGGCUUUGACUACGACUACACGUUAGCACAGUAUUCUAACUUACUGCACUCCAUGAUUUUCAACACUGCCAGAGACAUCCUCAUAGAACAGUUCAAGUAUCCAGAAGGGCUUGGGAAGUAUGACUACAUUCCAGGGUUUGCCAUACGCGGACUUCACUAUGAUGUACAAAAGAGUCUUCUGAUGAAGAUCGAUGCUUUCCAUUAUGUCCAGCUCGGGACAGCGUAUAGGGGGCUCAAACCAGUGCCUGAUGAAGAGGUAAUCGAACUCUAUGGAGGUACCCAGCACAUCCCCUUGUAUCAGAUGAGCGACUUCUACGGCAAGGGUCCUUCACUUAAACAGUUUAUGGACAUCUUCUCUCUUCCUGAAAUGACGCUGCUCUCUUCAGUCAUCGAUUACUUCAUAACUCAUGGCAUUGAGUUUGACCAGGUCCAUCUUUACAAGGAUAUAUCUGAUGCUAUUAGAGAUGUACACGUGAAAGGAGUGAUGUACAAAUGGAUUGAAAAAGAUAUGGAACAGUAUAUUCUGCACGGUGAUGAAAUCUAUGCUGUCCUGAACAGACUGGUAAACCACAAGAAGAAACUCUUCCUCAUUACAAACAGUCCCUUCAGCUUUGUGGACAAAGGAAUGAAACACAUGGUUGGCAAGAACUGGAGGGAUUUAUUCGACAUGGUCAUUGUGCAAGCUGACAAACCCAACUUCUUCACUGAUCGGCGAAAACCUUUUAGAAAACUGGAUGAUAAUGGCUCACUGCAAUGGGACAAAAUAAACCAGCUGGAGAAAGGAAAGAUCUACAAAGAGGGUAAUCUCUUUGAUUUUCUGAGGCUGACAGGUUGGCGUGGAUCCAAGGUGCUCUACUUUGGCGACCAUCUGUACAGUGAUCUUGCGGACCUCAUGCUGCGUCAUGGCUGGAGGACUGGAGCCAUAGUCCCUGAACUGGAGACAGAGAUUCGGAUCAUAAACACAGAGCAGUACAUGCACUCCCUGACCUGGCAGCAGGCUCUGACGGGGCUGUUGGAGAGGAUGCAGAUGUAUCAGGAUGCGGAGUCAAAGCAGGUACUGCUGGAGUGGAUGAAGGAGCGGCAGGAGAUCAGGUCGCUGACAAAGAACCUAUUCAACCCCCAGUUUGGAAGCAUCUUCCGCACCUUCCACAACCCCACGUACUUCUCACGCCGGCUGGUGAGGUUCUCUGAUAUCUACAUGGCAUCCAUCAGUUGCCUGCUGAACUACGAUGUGAAUUUCACCUUCUACCCACGGCGCACCCCUCUGCAGCAUGAGGCCCCACUCUGGAUGGAUCAGCUCUGCACAGGCUGCAUGAAAACCCCCUUCCUGGAGGAGAUGGUGCACAUUCGGUGAAGGGCCAGCUAUUCCAGCCAACAGAGCAAGUCUGUACGCGUGGCCAGCAGCACCUCUGUGUACCACUAAAGGGUGUUUGACACUUA